CAUCUCAGCAUCCUCUGGACCAGCAGCCGGUCUGCUUAAUGGGCUCGCUAUGGCUUCGUGACAGCCCCUGCAGCACAAACACGAGGAGGAUCUGCAGAGAUCAGGGGACAGCUGGUGGAUCACCUUUCCAUGGAUGCUUUCGUUGGUGCUGGUGGCUGCGUCGCAGGCUCCUGCAGGGGAAUCUGUUAAGUUUUUCGACGAGCUGGAAUGAACCAUGACUCCAGAGGACUUGGUAGACUGGGAGCUCAACCUGCCCCCUCUGAUCUAAUGGAAAGCGGCCUUGGUGCCAGGUUGGACCCAGAUUCGAGAGUCCUACUCACAGCCGAAUCCAAUGGGAAAGUCAAAAUCCAUGUUCAUGGGCUAAUGAGUGGAGUGGACCACAUGGAUGCUGCAAUGUUAAACUCUGGGAGUGAUGCCCAGCUGGCCCCUGCGGUGAAGGACAGUAAGACGGUCAAGCUGAGGUUCUUGAGAAGGACUGUGGUGGACUCUGACCAGGAGGAACCCCCGGUUUUAGACUUGACUGAUUCAGAGCACCAGAAUAAAGUCAUCCCCAUCUCCAGAGCCAGGAGAGCUCUUGCCAAGCGGACACAUGGCAUCAGCGACCAGGACUCUGGCACUGAAACCCCUGAACCCAAAGCUAGAUCUUCCAAGGGCAAGAUCCCAGAUGAGCCUCCAGAGCUGCCUGGAGAGCCUCAGAACAAACCCGAACCUGGCCUUUCCAAAGAUGCAGCAAAGUCUCAAAAGGAGGAAGAGGAGGACAGCGAAGAGGCGGACAUGAAGGCUGUGUCAACGUCUCUCGAUGGCAGGUUUCUAAAGUUUGACAUUGAAAUAGGAAGAGGUUCCUUUAAGACCGUGUACAAGGGUCUGGACACGGAAACCUGGGUGGAGGUUGCUUGGUGUGAGCUGCAGGACCGUAAGCUGACCAAACAGGAGAGGCAGCGCUUCAAGGAGGAGGCAGAGAUGCUGAAGGGUUUGCAGCAUCCGAAUAUUGUCCGCUUCUAUGACUUCUGGGAGUCGUGUCUGAAAAGCAAAAAAUGUAUCGUUCUGGUUACAGAACUUAUGACAUCAGGGACACUAAAAACAUACUUGAAGAGGUUUAAAGUCAUGAAGCCAAAGGUUCUCCGAAGUUGGUGCCGGCAGAUCCUGAAGGGUUUACACUUUCUGCACACGCGAACCCCACCAAUUAUUCACAGGGAUUUGAAGUGUGACAAUAUCUUUAUUACGGGACCUACUGGCUCGGUGAAAAUAGGGGACCUCGGAUUGGCGACUCUAAAACGAACAUCAUUCGCUAAAAGUGUUAUAGGAACGCCCGAGUUCAUGGCGCCUGAGAUGUAUGAAGAGCAUUAUGACGAGUCGGUGGAUGUUUACGCUUUCGGGAUGUGUAUGUUGGAAAUGGCAACGUCUGAAUAUCCGUACUCUGAGUGUCAGAACGCCGCUCAGAUAUAUCGGAAAGUCACCAGUGGUGUCAAACCCGCCAGCUUUGAGAAGGUGCCGGAUCCAGAAAUCAAAGAGAUCAUUGGGGAGUGCAUCUGCAAGAACAAGCAGGAGAGAUACGAGAUUAAGGAUUUACUAAGCCAUGCCUUCUUUGCUGAAGACACAGGGGUGAGAGUGGAACUGGCAGAGGAAGACCACGGUAGGAAGACCUCUAUUGCCUUAAGACUGUGGGUCGAAGAUCACAGAAAAUUAAAAGGAAAACCCAAAGACAAUGGAGCCAUUGAGUUUACUUUUGAUCUGGAAAAGGAAACUCCUGAAGAUGUUGCACAAGAAAUGGUUGAAUCUGGAUUCUUCCAUGAAAGCGAUGUGAAGAUUGUUGCCAAGUCUAUAAAAGACCGAGUUGCGUUAAUCCAAUGGCGGCGGGAGCGAAUGUGUCCCAAGAAUGGGGAGCACGAAGUUCUGGACCAAGGGCCUCAACAUCCAGUGGUUCCUCUUGCCCACUCGUCCCACGUUGGCCAACAUGUCUGUCCAGAUCAAGAGGAACCAGAUACUGACCAGCGCGCGUUUCGUUCAAAUCUUCCCGCCAGCAUCACGUCCGUGGCAUCGGACAGCACUUUUGACAGCGGUCAAGGGUCCACCGUGUACUCUGACUCACAAAGCAGCCAGCAAAGCGUGAUUUACUCCUCUCUGCCAGACUCUCUACCCCCUGCUAUCCAACGAGUUUAUAGUCCACCCAUUAUGGAGGGCCAGACGAUGCCCCAGAGCCCUCAGCAUCAGCUGGGACAUUGCCAGCAGACGCCAGCACACGUGAUAUCGGCACCAGCCCCCGUUCUGGCACAGCAGUCUUACCCAGAACCGAGUGCGUACCCGGGGAUGCAACAAACCUCUGCCCCACCAGUGCAACAUGGAGCAGCCCCGAAAGGAAUACCCAACCAGCAAUCCGUGCAGCACCCCUCCGCCUGUCCAAUGCCCCACUCUCCUCACACCUUCUCUCAGUACCAGCCCCAGAUGCCCCAAACGGCAACAACUCCGCUAAAACCAUUGCAGAUUACUAAUGUAUCUCUCCAACAGCAGCCACUGCCCCCAUCGCAGCUUUCCUCGUAUCCUAUCAUUCCUGCAGUUACUCCUCUUUCAGGAUUUGAGACCCUCUCUGACUUAGCUGCUGUGUGUAUGACCCCCCUGCCUGCUCCCCGUCACUAUGUCCCGCCAGGUGUGGUCAUGCCUCCCGCGGUGCCUCCACCCCAGCCGGUGCCACCAAUCAACCCACAGCUGACGUUGCCUUACGAGGCUAACGUUAUGGCAAAUAUUCCUUUGUUAGCACAGACCACCGUGCCCACAUUGCCAACGCCGCAACUGCUAGUCCGGCCGCCCCAGCCACAUCAGAUCUCGAUUCAGCAGAUCAUUCAGAGCGACGCAGCCUCAACCCAUCACCUCCCAAAUAUUCAGACAAUGUCACAGCAAUCACUCCUUCCACCUCCACAUCAUCCCAGCAUAAACCAUCUUUCCGAUCAGGCUUCCUCGGGGGCGGGUAACAAGGUUGCUGGGCUUUCUCGGUAUUCGGUGGACAUGGCAACCCCCGUCGCAGUAAUAUCCGUGGCACCGUCCUCCAUCAUGUCCCCACCUGUGCACUUCCAGUCUGAAAUGCCCCUUUUGAUUCAAGGACAGGAGGUUGUUUCUCAGAUGACUUACACGCACACAAUGGCGGAUCCUCCGAGCAUGCCCGUUUAUUCAGCCAGCCUGCAACCCGACAUAUCCCAACCAUAUGCGCAUCCAAACCACGUUGUGCAUCCAGCUGCCGGGACAGCUACGGACUCAGGACAAGAGGAGCUGAUCGUGCAGGAAAACCAACCGAUCCCUGGUCAAAGCUAUGAGAACUAUGUAGGUUCAGAUGCUGCAUCUGGGAAAGAAAUGAGUGACGCUCCAGAGAGCACCCAUGGCGCUGGCAAACAAACAAAGAAACAUCAUCGACGGUCCUCCCGAACGAGAUCACGCCAAGAGAAGACCAGUAAACCCAAGCUUACUAUUCUCAAUGUUUGUAACACUGGUGACAAGAUGGUUGAAUGCCAACUGGAAACGCACAACCAUAAAAUGGUGACAUUCAAGUUUGAUUUGGAUGGAGAUGCCCCAGAUGAAAUUGCCACUUACAUGGUGGAGAAUGAAUUCAUUCUGCAGUCCGAAAAGGAGAUUUUCAUCGAGCAAAUGAAGGAUGUGAUCGACAAAGCAGAGGAUAUGUUAAGUGAAGACACGGAAGGUGAAAGGAGUUCCGACCAAGGGGGAAGCCCCCAACAAGCCAACGCAUUUCACGCAGAGACACAAGAGGAAAACCACCACAGCAAGGCAAAGACGCCCGUUUACCAGCAGAAUGUUUUGCAUACAGGAAAGCGGUGGUUUAUUAUAUGUCCCGUGGUCGAAAAUCCCAACGCUGGUUUAGAGGAGCAGACAACCACACUAAAAGGCCAACAGCCUAAUAAGCUUAAAGAUGAAGAAGUUUCUGAAGGUUUUCAACAGACGCGUUCUGUGCAAACUGAUAAAUCGACGUCCUCUGUGUGCCAGCUUUCUGCGUUAGAUCCUGGUGAGCCCACCAUGGAAAUCCUUGCCUCUGUUACACAGUCGUCUUCUACGAUAUCUUCAUCUGAUUUACAGAUGCAAAGUGAGCUCUCAACUUUGACCCUUCCUGAAUCCCAUUCCUUCCUCCACGGUGAUUGCACAACUCCUGGAGUAUCCAGCACUUCACAGCCAGUCAAAGAAAUUGAAGCACACUCUGCAGCUGGGCAUGCUGCUUCACCAAAAGAUGCUUGUGACCCACUGACUACUUCACAGUCUUCAGCAAAUGUGAUCCAACCAGCUGAACGGGAGGCCGGUACCCCACCUGUCGAUUUAUGUUUCCAAACUGCCAAAAAUUCAAGAGAAACCGCGCAGUUGGAUUAUACUCCAUCUGCCAGGGAUCCACCGAUCAAUAUUCCCCAGGAAAAAGAGCAUCGGACUGAGCAUUCUGUGUUGUGUGAAUCAGAUGUUGGCUCUCCUGUUGUAAAACAGGUCACAUCAAGCACUUGCUUGGACACAUCUUCAGAUAUUACAGAAGGUCCACCAAUUCCUUCCCAAGGCUGCUCCUUUCCGGCCACGGUCCAGACUCUAACAUCUUUAACAUUACCAGUUGUGAACUCCGGUAUUCAAACUGGAAAUCUAACUGAAUCGGAUGGGGAAGGUCCACCCAGAGUGGAGUUUGCAGAUGACACGAUCAAAAGCUUAGAUGAAAAGUUGCGUACGUUGUUAUAUCAGGAAUAUAGUCCGGCAAACAUGAAUGCGGGAACCCCCGACAUCUCUCAGAGUCUGGAAGGUGCAACGGAGGUCAUUUAUUUGCAGCCGGUCAAUGGAGGGAUAACCUGUGACCACAGAACUCUCUACAAAUCCCUCUCUGCUCCAGAGGAUUCGGCUCUGUCUGCAGAACUGCUCGGUGGUGUUACCGACGCAAGCAAGUACAACUUACCGGACAACCGGGGGGAUUCAAGGAACUGGAAGCUACAAGAUCAAAAUUCCAUGGACUGUCCUUCGCUAAAACAGAAGGCAGAUGGUGUCGAUGGGUCACCUAAAACUAUUGGCAGGUUUUCUGUGAUGAGCACAGAGGAUGACGUGACUGCAAAUUCACCAAAUUACUCAAGAUUUUCUGCCCCACCUGAUGUCUACUUGGAUCAGCUCCCUUCGCAUCCAGUAAAGACCUCCGUUCCACGAGCACACACCUCCUCCCCUAUUAAUUCCCUCUUUUGUGGACAUGUUUCCAGUGAUUCUGGUGAUGAGCUUCCUCUGUCAAAGUCCAAAGAUGCCCAACCAUCAACCCCGAGCAAAGGGUCCACCAAUGACUUUAUCAAGAAGGCUACUGCUUUUCUUCAUCGAAAGGCCAGUAUGAAAAGCCCCGAUUCUCCUCACGGACCUAAUCCACCCAAGACCCCUUCAAUAAAUGUUACCUCUUUCCAUUCACAGUCUUCAUACAUGAGCAGUGAUAAUGACUCUGAGUUUGAAGAUGCAGAUAUGAGGAGAGAACUCCAGGGUCUUCGUGAAAAACACAUGAAGGAAAUCACGGAGCUGCAGGCGCAGCAGAAGAGGGAGAUCGAGGCUCUGUACAUCCGGCUGGGGAAACCGCUCCCCCCAAACGUGGGAUUCCUGCACGCAGCCCCCCCAAGCAGCCGCCGCCGGAGGAUCAGCAAAAAUAAACUGAAGUCUGGAAAACUUCUCAACCCUUUAGUGCAGCAACUAAAAACAACGACAGCUGCUACUGGUAACAUCUCUGUGGAUUGCAAUGGAUCUCCUGCCAAGGAUAUUGUUACAUUUCAGCAGGUCGCAGGCUCCUCUCUGACGGCGGCCGCGUCCCCGAGUCAGGGGGUACAGACGCAGCAGCCUUGCUCAGUGAAAGUCACCGUGUCGUCUGAUCAUAUCUGCUCCGGGGUGGUCCGCGAGGGCGUUGACCUGCAUGGAGUUCCUGGGCAAGGCUGGACCGUUUAUCACCAAACGUCUGAGAGAGUCACCUUUAAGUCUAGUAGCAAACCUCGCACCAGAUUCCUCAGUGGACCUGUGUCUUUAUCCAUCUGGUCCACCCUGAAACGGCUCUGUCUUGGCAAAGAACACAGCAGUAGAUCUUCAACCAGCAGCUUGGCUGUCGGCCCAGAGACGUCUUCAGCUCCUCCACUGGCCGCCCAGCAAAUCCAGACCAACAAUAGCAACAACAAAAGGGCCACGUUCACGGACGACCUGCACAAGCUCGUGGACGAAUGGGCGAGUAAAACCGUUGGGGCCGCGCAGUUCAAGCCUUCACUGAACCAGCUGAAGCAGUACCAGCAAAGGCAAGAUCUGGAAGGCAAACCAAACGGCGCCGGCGGGGUUCAUCGCUCUACGUCUGAUUCAGGAAGAAAACGCGCUCCGGUACCCAGCGUACCUUCCUCCGUUCCGGCUUCCCUCGCUGGAGUUGCGCAGGCCGGCUCUCUGCAGCCCUUCAGAUUGCCCCUCUCUCAGUAUACCGGUGUUUUCCCGGCGGCUGCGGCGUACGGUGUACAGUGGCCAGGAAUUGCAGAGAGUCAAACAUGCGCAAUGUUCCCCAUGUCAACCCAGCAGCCAGCUAGAAAACCCUGCGGCCCAAACAUGAAGAUCACGUAAAGCGAUUGCCUUGCUUUCACCAGACGUCCAAAUGUGAACAGUGUUGCCCUGAUCCGGUCCCGUGUUUUUGGUUCUGUUUAGCCGGUGCUUGCCAGGCCUGCGGUGCAUUACCUGCAGUACAUAUUGCAGCUGUUUUUAGCACUGCGCCAACAGGCUUACGGUCGGAGCCUAAAACCUCACCUCGCCACACACUGCAAAGCAUCCCCAGCGAUCGCGUCUCCUCCCCGGUCAGUCUGGUGACAUUUUCGCCUUUCCCCUCAUGGCAGACAUUUGCGUAUUUCACGGUUUUACAAACCCGACAUGUAAAGCUACUUGAAUUAAUUAAGGAUAUUAUGAACCCUGGGGCGGUUUAGUGCCUUGAUAUAUUAUAUUCCGGUGUAUCUGGAAACAUCUUAAAAAUAAAUAAAUGCAAAUAAAA